AUGAGUCCUGAGGGGAAGAAGCUGAUGAACAUCAUUGUUCUGGGCGUGGGCUUCAUGUUCAUUUUCACCGCCUUCCAGACAUGCGGCAACAUCGAGCAAACUGUCAUCAAGAGCUUCAACAGCACCACCUUCCAUGCUAGCGGCUACACUAGCAUGGCGAUCAUCUACGGCGUGUUCUCGGCAUCCAAUCUCCUGGCGCCGUCAGUAGUGGCAGUAGCGGGAGCGCAGCUUUCCAUGUUCUUCAGUGGGCUGCUGUACAGCGCCUAUAUUGCUGUCUUCGUAUACCCGUACACGUGGAGCUUCUACACCGCAUCAGUUCUGGUGGGCGCGGGCGCCGCCGUGCUGUGGACGGCGCAGGGCAACGUGCUGGCGCUCAACUCGGGCCCCGUCACCAUCGGCAGGAACAGCGGCAUCUUUUGGGCCCUGCUGCAGUUCAGUUUACUGUUUGGCAACCUGUUCAUCUUCUGCGCCUGGCACGGACACGAGCACAUCUCAGACAAAGACCGUCAAACUGUGUUCAUCUCCCUGACGGUCAUCAGCCUGGUGGGUUGUUUCCUCUUUUUCCUGAUCCGGACACCUGACCCCGACCUCGAACCGGCUCCCUGUGAUCCAUCCGAGGCCCCACUGCUGCCGUCUGACUCUGGCGAAAGUACACUUGGUUCUACCAACUGUCACGUCUGCUGGCAAGCGGCAGACGCUUUCGUGCAAGCGUGCAAGAUGCUGGUGACCAAGGAGAUGUUGCUGCUCAGCCUGGCCAUUGCGUACACAGGCGUGGAGCUGACAUUCUACAGCGGCGUGUACGGCACCUGCGUGGGCGCCACGCGGGCCUUCGGGCCGGAUGCCAAGAGCCUGGUGGGCCUGUCGGGCAUCUUUGUAGGCUUGGGCGAGAUUUUGGGCGGUGGCGCCUUCGGCUUGCUGAACAAGCGCGGCAGACUGGGCCGCAACCCUGUGGUGAUGCUUGGCCUGCUGGCGCACUACUUGGCCUUCUUUCUCAUCUUCAUCAACAUAGCCGACGAUGCCCCUCUGGCGCCCGAGGAGGGGACGCGGCUCCACGCUUAUAUCCAACCCAGUGUGGCCGUGGCCUUGCUGUGCAGCUUCCUGUUGGGUUUGGGCGACAGCUGCUUUAACACGCAACUGCUCAGCAUUAUUGGCUUCACUUUUCGCAACAACAGCGCCCCUGCCUUCGCCGUUUUCAAGUUUAUACAGUCCAUCCUAGCGGCCUUGGCGUUCUUCUACAGCAAUUUCCUGGCACUGAGCUGGCAGCUACUCAUCAUGGUGGCGCUGGGCUUCGCCGGCACACUCACUUUCUUUGCCGCUGAGCGGCACACCCAGGCUGUCGCCUGCCAGGACCUCCGCCACGAAGGAAUCUAA